AUGUUCCUACUUCCGGGGCCAGAGGAAGGCUAUGUCGAUGCAGUGCUAAAAAAGUGUGGAAGCCCCAUACGCGCGGACGUAGACGAGGUGUUCAAGAAGGGCUUCGGGGGAGAAGGGGUGAACCACAAGAAGCGGAAGUGGGAAGAUAAAGCUACAGAUGCAAUUGGAAGUUGAGAGGUGGGUGUUGGCGGAUAAGGCGGUGAUGGACCUAGCAAAGAAAGCCUGGGGAAGUCAUAUCCUUGCGUAUACCACCCACGUUGCCGCUGAGAAGGGGAUGUUCAGUCAUAGAGCGCUGCAUUACGGACACUUGGCAAAGAGUUUCGGGACCAGGGAUGCCCCGGGGGAUAUUAGGGGUGGCGCAACUGGUGGUGGGAAAGGGAGGGGCAACGCCACGGGUUCGGCGGCCACGGUUACCUCGGCAAAAGCGGGAGUGAAAAGGAGCUUGGUUGCGGAAAAUGCACCGAGCGAUGCUGGCCUAGAAGCAGUAAGGAAGAUGCGGAAGACGGCUUUUAGCAUGCAGAUGGAGAAGGGGAUGGCUUCGGAGUUUAAUAUCGGAUGA